CGACUUCUUACUUCUUUCGGCUUCACCGGUUGAUUCCAAUUAAUGAUUGCCAUCAGCGAUGCAUCCAUCCGCCCAACUCUCCAUCCUCUCCUUUCCUGUCCUCUUCUCUCCUCUGCGUCCACGGCUGAGCCAUCUCCUCCUUAAACCUCUUCCGCUCCUUAUUUGUUUUUGAAAGCUUGCAAUAGUUAUCCUUCUCUCCUUUGUCAACUCUCCCCCCGCUAUACUCGCUGUUGAUUCCCCCUUUGUUGUCCGCUAUCAUAAUGCGUUGAUAGCCUUCUCAUUCUGUGUCCUGUUUGAGCUCCCAACACCCUUGUUCUGCUAGUGUCAGAUUGGUUACUGUGUCUUAUCAUGCCCUCCGCUUCGGCUCCGGAGAAUCGCAAGGCCCAGAAACUCGAGGAGGACACUUUUGUUGCAUUUGGUCACGCCGCUGCUGGACAUGAUGGCGUGCUCUGCAAUCCCUCCGGUUCACUAAUCGCAAAACCAUGUACUCUCCAAGAAAUUGAAUUCUACGAGUCUAGUCUCCACCACCCUAGCUUCCAGCAAUUUAUGCCCCAGUUCAUUGGCACUCUAUCCAACCCUACGCCCGCAAAUGUCCUUGAAAUCCCAACAAGCGAAAGCAGGACCUCUUUAGUUACUGCCGCUGUGGACCCGUCUGCGACUUCAUCCUCCGGCACGGAUUCACCUCUGACUCCGGAGCUUGGUAGAAAGCCCGAUCUUGUUACCGUGCCAGUUGCCGUCGCCUCGCAUAAAGAGCCCGCCGAAUGGUUUCCGUCCCAGGGACAGAAGAUCACCAGCAGCGUAUCGAUAGUGCUUGAGAAUGUGACGGCAGGUUUUAAGCGACCAAACGUCUUGGACGUAAAGCUUGGCGCCAGACUCUGGGCGGACGAUGCUGCUCCUGCUAAAAGGGCUAGGUUGGAGCAGGUAUCUUUAGAAACUACGAGUUCUGUGUUAGGAUUCCGCAUCGCCGGGAUGAAGAUAUGGGUUGGUGAGAAUGCGGAAAAAGAGGAAAAGGUUCUCGGAACUACGCAAACGAAAUCACAUGACACCAUUAAAUCGAAACAAAUCGUUGUCGAGACCGUGGAUGGGUACAGGCGGUAUGACAAGUGGUAUGGUCGCUCAUUCAACGUGGACAACGUUAAGGAAGGCUUCGAGACAUUCCUCGAUGGCGCCAAGGAGGGUAAAAUCGAUAGGUCGAAAUUGAUCGCCAAGAGAAUAGCGGAAAGGUUACGCGCUAUGCAGGCAGUUCUUGAGGCGGAGGAGAGCAGAAUGUACUCCUCCAGCGUCCUGAUUGUCUACGAAGGGGAUCCAGAAGCGUUGGAGGAAGCUCUCGUCAGGGAAGGUAACGCCGAAACUCAAGGAAAUAAUGGUAAUAAAUUAGACGACGGAUCGGAAUCGGAGGCUGAAUACGAGAUAGAGAUUCCUGGGGGCUCCUCAACCUUGCAGAUCGUCGAUAUGAAGGUGGAUGGGGAAUCAAUCACACCAGGCGGCAUUAAGCUCGAGAUCAACCCUAACAACCUCGGGGAAAUUGAUUUUGACAUCGACGGAGUAGGAGAAGAAGAAGACGACGAAGACGCAGAUGAAAUACCGCACAAAGUCCAGGAUAUCCGCUUCAUCGAUUUUGCCCAUGCAACAUGGACGCCUGGGCAGGGACCGGAUGAAAAUGCACUGCUGGGGAUUCGAAGCUUAGUGCGUAUGAUGGAUGAGCUUGCGGAAGCCUAAAAAGAAAAAGAAAAAAAGCUGGUCACAGCCGUGGAUUUCAAUUGUGACUUGUGGCGCACCUAGAAGGAAAAUGGAAAAGGAAAGAAAGAAAAAGGAAGAAAGAUAUGAACGUGCAAUUGAAUAAAACGAAUACGAACUGAUAUUCCAUCCGCUAUUUUAUGGCAUGGCAAGGCGGGCAAAUUUCUCACCCUUUUCAUUGCUUGAAACCGCGAUCCUCAACCUGCAAACAACACUCUCUUAUCCCUCUCGAUAUCCUAAUUCCCUAAGCCCAAAACUUGCAUAGAGCGUUGAUAUUUCCUAGUGAUUAUAAUGAGAUAAUGAAAACGAGCAUGCGAACACCUCACCACUCUGAGGGCGGUUAGAUGCUGGUUAUUCUCACAACUAACGGAAAACAAAAUAAAAUAAAACCAUAGUUACAUGAAACAAUUUCUUCAUCGGCUCAAGGGACACAAGGACCAUCCUGCUACAGUGAAGCCAUAUAUUGUGUAUUGUAGACCGACUAGUAACUAGACAUCUGGGCAAGAUGGUACAGCAUAUACAUGUACAUGUACGAGUUUACUCUGUACAAGUAUUUGUAGGCUAC